UGACGUAAAUAAAACCAGCGGACAGAUGAAGUUCGGCCUCUCUGUGCUAAGCUCUGCCUGGCUGUUAAGGGACAUCUGUACUGUGCACGUACUGAAGGAGUUUUCCCUCCGUUUUGGACUGAGUUUUUCUAACCUCACCAUUUGGCCACGGUUGACUACUUUCUGCAUUCUUCUCCAUCGCUGGAUCCGAAGAAUAAAGCAGAGACGCGUCUUUUCGCUGACGAGCGUAAGACAAGGGACCAUCCAGACCAUUUCUCCUGACCGCUCAAUGCAACAGGAAUUCCACGGACAACCCUACUGAAAUCACACAGGAUUUCCCAAGCAGGGCGGGCCAUGCCAUUCGGCUGUUUAAAACCUGGCGAGAAGAAGGACUACAACAGUCCUAUUGAAAUCACAGAAAAAUAUGAUCUGGGGCAGAUUGUUAAAUCGGAGGAGUUCUGUGAGAUCUUCAGGGCAAAGGACAAGAACACACUCAAAAUGUACACCUGCAAAAAAUUCCUAAAGAAAGAUGGAAGAGAAGUGCGGAAGGCUGCCAAAAAUGAGAUUCUCAUCUUAAAGAUGGUGAAACACCCCAACAUCCUCCAGAUGGUGGACAUCUACGAGACCAGGAAGGAGUACUACCUCUUCCUUGAGCUAGCCACAGGUCGAGAGGUGUUUGACUGGAUCCAGGAUCAAGGCUAUUACUCUGAGAGGGACACCAGCAAUGUUAUUAGACAGGUUAUGGAGGCAGUCGCUUACCUGCAUAGCCUGAAGAUUAUUCACAGAAACCUAAAGCUUGAGAAUCUGGUGUACUACAACCGACUGAAACAUUCUAAAAUAGUCAUCAGUGAUUUCCAUCUGGCAAAACUGGAGACUGGACUCAUCAAGGAGCCCUGUGGAACCCCAGAGUAUCUGGCCCCAGAGGUCGUUGGGAGACAGAGAUAUGGCCAACCUGUGGACUGCUGGGCACUUGGUGUGAUCAUGUACAUAUUGCUUUCUGGUAAUCCUCCAUUCUACGAUGAAACAGAUGAGGAUGAUUACGAAAACCAUGACAAGAACCUCUUCAGGAAGAUUCUUGCUGGAGACUAUGAGUUUGACUCACCAUACUGGGAUGAAAUUUCAGACUCUGCUAAAAACUUAGUUUCACGUCUGAUGGAGGUGGACCAGGACCAGAGACUGACUGCUCAAGAAGCCAUCAACCAUGAAUGGAUUUCUGGGAACGCUGCUUCAGACAAGAACAUCAAGGAAAAUGUGUGCGCACAAAUCGAGAAGAACUUUGCUAAAGCUAAGUGGAAGAAAGCUGUACGGGUCACGACCAUGAUGAAGCGUCUCAGGGCACCAGAGCAUCAGACGGCACCACCACCAGCAUCAGCAGCGGCCAGGCCAGAUGCAGUCAACCCUGCAGCAGGGGCCCAGGAAAACCCCCUGGAUACAUCGGAGGCAUCCAUAGCCCCAACAAGCACUGCUGAAAACAAUUCUGCAGGCAGAGAGCCCCCUACCGUGAAAGCUCCUCCCAGUAACGACCCAGAGGCAGCGGCCGCUGCAGCCCAGCCACCAACUGAGCCCAUACUGCACGUCCCAGCUCCCGAACAGCCCGAUCCCACAUCGAGAUGCAAUGGAGAGUCAUUAGCCCCGCUGCCGUCAGCCACAGACACAGGAGAGGAAUAGAGUGGUUAAUUACGCUACAUCUCCCACCUGCUUUAAGAUCCUGCUCUACAUAAGCAGCUAGAGCAUGCUAAUACUGAAUCUGCAGCACAUGGCAUUAAUAUCAACACAUUCUUUCACAAGCUGACUUUACUAACACUUUUACUAGCCACAUCCCAGCAAGCAUCUGUUUUCUAUUAAAUCACAAAGGUGUAUGACUUAUAUUGGAGGCUUUUACCACUUUGUAAUGUUUGCAUAAAAAGAAAAAAGCUGUUUUAAGCUUACAUUAAGCUAAGAUUGGGAACUUCAGCACAGAAUUUUUUUUUUGUUUGUUUUUUUUUUUUUUUUGCAUAUAGUACUAUAGGAAACAUAUAUAAAAUUUACUUUAUUUAAUUUAUUUUAUUAAAUAUAUGUAAUUACAUUUAUUUUUAGUUUACUUUACAUUAAUUUUAUUUGUUAAUAAUCAUUCCACCUAUCUUGCUAUGUUACACAAGCUAAGUAGCCAAGUGAUCAGAGAACCACUUUUCAUGUCUUGUCAGACACUUUGGAUUUUUGUGGUGUAAAGUUUCUGUAAAUAUUUUCCUAACCUCAGUAGAUUACACAUAGCCAAAAACAGCAUGCUUUUUCAGAUCUGCUAUAUAUGACAUACAUGUCCAGGUAACUGAUGGCACUAGCUUUAUGUGGACAUUUCAUGUCUUGAUCAAACAAACACUCAUGAAAUGUAGUCAGUUUAAAGGCAUUUAUAUGGAAAAUAUGUCUGCAGCACUCUGCAUCAGCUAAGGCGGCUAAAAUCAUCUCAUAAUACUAAUGGCAAAUUAACGGUUAAGACAUGUGGCCCAAUAAACGGAGCAGAGUAGGUAAAACUAACAAAUACCUUAAAUCUGCUAGGUAGCUAGCCACAUGAAAAAAAUUAUUUGUUCUUAUAAUGUAUUAUAAAAUAAUUUGCAUAAAUUGUAGAUGUUUUGAAGAAUAUACCUUUACAUUUUUAAAGUAUAGAUCCACACACAUAAUGCAUAGAUUUUUGUUUUGCGCAGUAAAUUAAAUACUUUGGGCAUUAACGCCGGCUUUGAGACCCUUUUGUUGGGUAUAAUGUAUUUACUCAUUUAGUCAUUACAUAUUUUUUCUUGAACAUCCCUCUACUUAAUUAUGAUGCCUUUUAUUAUAUUGUGUUCUAAAGCAUAAAAUUAUGUUUUGUUUUGUUUUUUACUAUUUAUCAUAAUCUUUUUUAACUGAACAUACAGCUUUUCAAAUUGCAAAUGGUAUCAGGCAUCAGAUAUUUACUAAUACAUUCAAAUAAGUUGUUAUCAUGUAUGUUUAACCAUUUCACACCCUAUUAGAAAGGCAUUCAAGGUCAGACUACAAAAUAUACGUAUAUAUAUAUAUAUAUAUAUAUAUAUAUAUCUGCAAAGAUAUUUAUCUGCAAGAUAAAAUAAGAACUUUGUAUUUUCUGCAUUGUCAGCACAUUUAAUGUUGCUGUGUCCUCUGUUAUAUUAGAAAUGCAUUAAGAAAGUAUUUAUACCAUAACAUGACUAACUUAUAUAAUAACCAAAAACCCUAACCCUAGUAACCCUAACUCUAUCCUAAACCUUAAGCCUAAAAACCCUAACAGUCCUAUUCUAACCGCAACCCCAACCCUAAUAACUUUGAUUUGUGCAGCACAUAUUACAGGAUAGUUUCUUUUGUCUUAUUUUAUAGAAAUGCCAUAUUUCUCUAAGAAACAUACUUUAGGCUUUGCAGGUACGUGAAUGCAGAUGCAAGCGUUUGUGCAACGCAUUGACAGCACGUGUUCUCAACAUACUUAAGAUGCAUUCUACCCUCUGUAUAGAAUUCCCUUCAAAAGUUGCAUAACUAGAACACUCUGCAUUCACAAACUUGCAAAGAGUGCCUUUCAGGCCUAUCUCCAGUAGACCUCUUGUCUUUCACUAUUUUACAAAACUUUAAGGUACUUUCUCAUUUACAUAAAUGCUUCACUUUGACAUAUGGAGUUUACUUACGUUUAUAUAAUAUUGGAAAACUCAUUUUGUCAUAGUCUAUACAUGAAAGGUUUAAUGUGUUUUCAUUGUAUCUCAUUUCGAUUUUAGCACAGAGAAAUGGCAGGUGAUGUGAGAUUACAAGAUCUUAGACAGUGCAAAAAGAAAGGCCGUCCUCUUAAUAUGAGCAAUAGUCUACAACUGCGAUAUUGUGAUGCUACUCUCAAUGUCAGUGUCCAUGUGAAAAAUCUCAAUGUUUGAUUGGUGUCCUCCGUUGAAGUGGCCCAUUGGCAAAAGUGGUGAUGUCAAACAGGAAGAGAAAGAAGGGCUUAGAUCAUGUUUACCAUGCCUAUCAACUGAACACCAACUAAACUUUGUGAUAAUCUUUAGAUUUACUUCAAGAGGACAGCUUGAAGAAAUAGUCCACCCACAACACAAAUUCUCGCAGGAACGAGCUUCUCUCAUAACGCUUAUGAACGCGCAAUAGACGUCAAAAUUUUCACUGAAACAUUACUUCAAUUGCAGGCUUUUUCUUAACAAAACAUCAUAUGCCAUCAGAAGGCUUGAAAUAUGACACAUGAUUCACAUGGGCUACUUCAAUGACACUUUUGAGUCCUUUUUGAAGCUUUAAAGUUAUUUACAUUUUAAUGCCAUUGUAUUAAAAAGACGGAUAGGAAUAUUCAUCAAAAUUUCUUCUUUUGUGUUCCCCAGAAGAAAAAUAAGUCAUAAAGGCUUGGAAUGAAUGAGAGUGGGUAAAUUAUGGCAGAAUUUUCAUUUUUCCUUGACCUGUUCCUUUAAGCUAGUGCACCAUAACAACUACUGUGGAAUUAUUGGAUGGAGCCUCUUAUGUAAGUGAACAAAAACAGAAAAGUGACAUGAGAGUUUUCUCCUUCAAUGGCCAACUAUUCGUAAUUGUGCAGUGUUUUAAUUUUGAACUGAAGAAGGCCUUGAUGUACAAUUAUGCUCUGUCAGUGGUCUAUUGAUUUAAAGAUGACACAAGGCAUGGUUUGUGUACAGUAUGUGCUGUCACAGGUUUAGACUCAGCUUUGAUAUACUUUAGAUCUCAGAGAUCUUUCGAUUUUUGUGUCAUUGUCAUUUUGUAUUUAUUUAUUUAUUUUUCUUCUUUUUCAUUUCUCUUUGAUCUUCUACAGUAUUUCCCUUCUAAAUAUCUGUCUCAAAACCAUAUUUGUUCUAACCUGAGAUUUUACCUGUUAUUUGUUAUUCUGCAUAUAAAACUGCUGAAAGCUUCUGAAUUAGUAAGAUCUAAAAUUACUAAAAAGAGUCAGAAGCAAUGUUUUAUGUAGGUCUGAAAAUACAGAUUUUUAUAGCAUUCAUGUAUAUUUUCAUCACAACUAUGUACUGUGUAACAAUUCAAAUCAAUUUUUUAAAAUAGUGCUUUACAAUUGCCUUUGGUGUUUGAUGUCUGUUGAUUUCCUCAUUCUCUCUGAUGUUCUUCUCAGUGUGGUUGACUAUGAACCUGUGAAUACACUGAGGACUGGCCUCUCUUAACUUUAACCUCUGUAUUCUUCAACUGACUUUUAUGCUUUUAAAGAAAAUAAACAUCCUGU